AUGGCACAUGUUGAUGAAGAACAUUCGCCUCGUCUGGCUGCUUUGUGUAAGAGCUUGGGACGAUUGUGCUCCCCUCAUGACUUGGAGGUCUGGAACGAUGAGCCUACUCCUGCGAAAUUGAAUGAGUGCCAUUUAACUCUGAUUGGCAAGGUAUUUGCUAAUUCUCCUAUCAAUUUUCAGGCUUUUCAAAGUAUUAUGAAAAAUGUGUGGCGUACAGAACAGGUGGAUAUCUCUCAGAGAGAGGAUGGUCUCUAUGUAGCGAAAUUUAAAUUACUUACUGAUAAACAGCGGAUUUCAGAGGGGGGACCCUGGGUUUUUUCUGGUCAUUUGGUCGUCUUUAAGCCUUGGAUUCCCAACACACCGCUGCAUUGCUAUGAUUUUUCAACUUGCACAUUUUGGGUGCAAGUGUUUGGCCUGCCCCUGGAAUUGUGUACCGAACAGAUUAUUAGAAAAGCAGUUAUGACAGUUGGGAAAGUUUUGGAAGUCAGGGCUGAUGGUCAAGACACAUUUACCAUGAGAUCAGGGCGUGCCCGAGUUGAAAUCGACUUUCGGCAUCCUCUGCAGACAGGUCGUUUGAUUAGAAUCAAUGAUAAGACUCUUUGGCUAGACUUUAGAUAUGAACGUCUUGCCCAUUAUUGUUAUCUAUGCGGGAAGCUGGGGCAUUAUACUACCUCAUGUCCAACGAAAUCUGUUAAUGUUGAUGUAUUAACUAGGGAGGACAAGUUGCCGUAUGGACAAUGGUUGCGCGCUGAGCUCAAGGAACAUAGCCCGUACCGGAAACUCUAUUAUGAAACGAAAGAAGUGGAGGAUACAGUGGAAGAAGUGGUACCUGAAACUCCCCCUACAAUUGCUCCAUCCCUUCCUCUGCUGCCGCCUAUUCCUUCAUCUGGAGCCUCUCCCUCCUUGCAGCCUUUGGUAACUGAUAUUCCUCCUGCAUCAAAACUGGAUGGAAGUUCUCAUACUGCCUUGAUUCCUGCAUUAGCAAAGCAGAAGGGGGUUCAGCUUAAUAUAAAUUAUGUUCAUCAGGACAAGAGGUUGAAAAGUUCUCGCCAUAUAUCAAAAGUUGGCCCUGUUAAGAGCUGA